AAGAAAACUGGACUGAUAGGUUUCACUUUCUGUUUCAUUUCUAUACAUAGCUUUAUUCCUAGGACACCAACACCACUCGCUACCCAAACUGAAAGCUUCCCCGAUUCCGCCGAAGGUCAGGAAAGUCCAAUGCCCGGCAAACUGGAUUUGCUGCCUUGCGCAGAGGUGGGCGGGACCCCGCCUCCGGGCCGGGCGCCAAGUUGAGCAGCUGGCAAGCCUCGCGCAGCCCCAGUCCUGAAGCCACAGUCCUGCGCUGCUUCCUGAGGCUCCUCACCAGUCCUGCGCAGCUUCCCGAGGCUCCGCACCAGCCGCGCUUCUCUCUGCCUGCAGCACAUUCCAGAAAGAUGAGGAUAUUUGCUGUCUUUAUAUUCACGAUCUACUGGCAUUUGCUGAAUGCAUUUACUGUCACAGUUCCCAAGGACCUAUAUGUGGUAGAGUAUGGCAGCAAUAUGACAAUUGAAUGCAAAUUCCCAGUAGAAAAACAAUUAGACCUGGCUUCACUAAUUGUCUAUUGGGAAAUGGAGGAUAAGAACAUUAUUCAAUUUGUGCAUGGAGAGGAAGACUUGAAGGUUCAGCAUACUAACUACAGACAGAGGGCCCAGCUGUUGAAGGACCAGCUCUCCCUGGGAAAUGCUGCACUUCAGAUCACAGAUGUGAAAUUGCAGGAUGCAGGGGUUUACCGCUGCAUGAUCAGCUAUGGUGGUGCCGACUACAAGCGGAUUACUGUGAAAGUCAAUGCUCCAUACAACAAAAUCAACCAGAGAAUUUUGGUUGUGGAUCCAGUCACCUCUGAACAUGAACUAACAUGUCAGGCUGAGGGCUACCCCAAGGCUGAAGUCAUUUGGACAAGCAGUGACCAUCAAGUCCUGAGUGGUAAGACCACCACCACCGAUUCCAAGAGAGAGGAGAAGCUUUUCAAUGUGACCAGCACACUGAGAGUCAACACAACAGCUAAUGAGAUUUUCUACUGCAUUUUUAGGAGAUUAGAUCCUGAGGAAAACCAUACAGCUGAAUUGGUCAUCCCAGAACUACCUCUGGCACCUCCUCCAAAUGAAAGGACUCACUUGGUAAUUCUGGGAGCCAUCUUUUUACUCCUUGGUGUAGCACUGACAUUUAUCUUCUAUUUAAGAAAAGGGAGAAUGAUGGAUAUGAAAAAAUGUGGCAUUCGAGUUACAAACUCAAAGAAGCAAAGUGAUACACAAUUGGAGGAGACGUAAUCCAGCAUUGGAACUUCUGAUCUUCAAGCAGGGAUUCUCAGCCUGUGGUUUGGGGGUUCGUCAGGGCUGAGCAUGACCAGAGGAAUGAAUGGGCCCGUGGGAUGCAUGCAGUAUAGGACUUAAAAGGCCCAAGCACUGAAAAUGGAACCUGGUGAAAGCAGAGGAGGAGAAUGAAGAUAAAUGGAGUUGAACAGGGAGCCUGGAGGGAGACCUUGAUACUUUCAAAUGCCUGAGGGGCUCAUCGGCGCAUGUGACAAGGAGAAAGGAUACUUCUGAACAAGGAGCCUCCAAGCAAAUCAUCCAUUGCUCAUCUUAGGAAAACGGGUUGAGAAUCCCUAAUUUGAGGGUCAGUUCCUGCAGAAGUGCCCUUUGCCUCCACUCAAUGCCUCAAUUUGUUUUCUGUGUGACUGACAGUCCCAGUGUUGGAACAGUAUUUAUGUAUGAGAUUUUCCUAUUUAUUUUGAGUCUGUGAGGUCUUCUUGUCAUGGGAGUGUGGCUGUGAAUGAUUUCUUUUGAAGAUAUAUUGUAGUAGAUGUUACAAUUUUGUCGCCAAACUAAACUUGAUGCUUAAUGACUUGCUCACAUCUAGUAAAACAUGGAGUAUUUGUAAGGUGCUUGGUCUCCUCUAUAAGUACACAUUGGAAGCAUAAAGAUCAAACCGUUGAUUUGUAUAGGAUGUCACCUUUAUUUAACCCAUUAAUACUCUGAUUGACUUAAUCUUAUUCUCAGACCUCAAGUGUCUGUGCAGUAUCUGUUCCAUUUAAAUAUCAGCUUUAUAAUUAUGUGGUACCGUACACACAUAAUCUCCUUUCAUCGCUGUAACCACCCUGUUGUGAUAACCACUAUUAUUUUACCCAUUGUACAGCUGAGGAAGCAAACAGAUUAAGUAACUUGCCAAAACCAGUAAAUAGCAGACCUCAGACUGCCACCCACUGUCCUUUCAUAAUACAAUUUACAGCUAUAUUUUACUUUAAGCAAUUCAUUUAUUCAAAACCCAUUUAUUAAGUGCCCUUGCAAUAUCAAUCACUGUGCCAGGCAUUGAAUCUACAGAUGUGAACAAGAGAAAGUACCUGUCCUCAAGGAGCUCGGAGUAUAAUGAGGAGAUUAAUAAGAAAAUAUAUUAUUACAAUCUAGUCCAGUGUCAUAGCAUAAGGAUGAUGUGAGGAGAAAAGCCGAGCUGUGUUGCCAAGAGGAGGAAAUAGGCCAAUGGGUCUGGGACAGUUGAAUGUACUUAAACAUCUUAAUAAUCAAAGUAAUUUUCAUUUACAAAGAGAGGUCAGUACUUAAAAUAACCCUGAAAAAUAACACUGCAAUUCCUUUUCUAGCAUUAUAUUUAUCCCUGAUUUGCCUUUGCCAUACAAUCUAAUGCUUAUUUAUAUAGUGUCUGAUAUUGUUUAACAGUUCUGUCUUUUCUAUUUAAAUGCUAUUAAAUUUUAAAUUCAUACCUUUCCAUGAUUCAAAAUUCAAAAGAUCCCAUGGGAGAUGGUUUGAAAAUCUCCACUUCAUCCUCCAAGCCAUUCAAGUUUCCUUUCCAGAAGCAACUGCUACUGCCUUUUAUUCAUAUGUUCUUCUAAAGAUAGUCUACAUUUGGAAAUGUAUGUUAAAAGCAUAUAUUUUUAAAUUUUUUUCCCUAAAUAGUAACACAUUAUAUGUUUGCUGUGCACUUUGCUAUUUUUAUUUAUUCUAGUGUUUCUUAUGUAGCAGAUGGAAUGAAUUUGAAGCUCCCAAGGGUCAGGACACAUGCCUUCUUUGUUUCUAAGUUAUCUUUCCCAUAGCUUUUCAUAAUCUUUCAUAUGAUUUAGUAAAUGUUAAAUAUGUGCUACAUACACAUUUAGACAACCAGCAUUUGUUAAGUAUUUGCUCCAGGACUGAGUUUGGAUUUGUUUAUGUUUGCUCAAAAGGAGACCCAUGGGCUCUCCAGGGUGCACUGAGUCAAUCUAGUCCUAAAAAGCAAUCUUAUUAUUAACUCUGUAUGACAGAAUCAUAUCUGGAACUUUUGUUUUCUGCUUUCUGUCAAGUAUAAACUUCACUUUGAUGCUGUACUUGCAAAAUCACAUUUUCUUUCUGGAAAUUCCAGUAGUGUACCUUGACUACUAGUUACCCUGUGCCAGAAAAGCCUCAUUCGUUGUGCUUGAACCCUUGAAUGCCACCAGCUGUCAUCACUACACAGGCCUCCUAAGAGGCUUCCUGGAGGUUUUGAGAUUCAGAUGCCCUGAGAGAUCCCAGAGUUUCCUUUCCCUCUUGGCCACAUUCUGGUGUCAGUGACAAGGAAUACCUUCGCUUUGCCACUCAUCAAGGUUGAAGAAACAGCAUCUCCAACAGAGCUCCUUGUGUUAUCUGUUUGUACAUGUGCAUUUGUACAGUAAUUUCUGUGACAGUGUUCUUUGUGUGAAUUACAGGCAAGAACUGUGGCUGAGCAAGGCACAUAGUCUACUCAGUCUAUUCCUAACUCCUCCUUGUGUUGUUGGAUUUGUAAGGCACUUUAUCCCUUUUGUCUCAUGUUUCAUCGUAAAUGGUAUAGGCAGAGAUGAUAUCUAAUUCUGCAUUUGAUUGUCACUUUUUGUACCGGCAUUAAUUUAAUAAAAUAUCCUUAUUUAUUUUGUUACUUGGUACACCAGCAUGUCCAUUUUCUUGUUUAUUUUGUGUUUCAUAAAAUGCUUAGUUUAA